UUCUUCCCAUUUUCUAUAGGGUCUCCUGUACCCAAAACUUCAGACUCAUAAGGUAGCCAAGGAUGGUUUAGAACUCCUGAUCCUCUUGCCUCCACUUCCCAAGAGCUGGAAUUUCAGACGUGUGCCACACCCAGCUGAGGAGCUACAGGAGAUGGAGCCCAGGAUGUUGUAGAUGCUUUUUCAGAUGCCCCUCAGUCAUGUCGACCAUCCGACUACGAGAAUUUGUAGAGCGUCACCCAACGAUUCCACCUAGGCUGUAUAUCACUCACCAAGGAAGGGACAUCAAAGGCUAUUACCCUGGACAACUGGCAAGACUCCAUUUUGAUUACAGUGGGAGGAAGGCUCCAAGACCCCUUAUAGACUUGGCAAUUCCACUCAAGAGCACAACUCUGCAUCAGCCUCAAUUAGACCAGCAAACGCUCAUUCGAUACAUUUGUUCAAGAAGAUUGUCAAGGCCUACAGACUUGUGGCAUAAUGAAACGUCUUACCAAAGAGACUACUCCCUGCCAUUUUAUGACAUUGGUUGGGAUCGAAAAUUAGGCACGAUUUCAUUGCAUCCUAGACCAGUUAAUUCAGUACCAGAAGUCUACUGCUGUGGUGGUGAGAGAAGCAGCUACGCAAGAAGCACUUUUAAAAACUAAAGGCAAAUUGUUUGGAAAAUCAAGAUCCAACCUUGAGAACAUGUCAUCUGUUGAAGGGAAUAGCUGUGCUGUGCAGUACAGUGCUUGUCUGCAACACCACCACAUAAACGGGAAAAUAAAAAUGAUGUCAAUGU